AUGAUAUUGCGAUAUGUGAAGGCCAAAGCAGAUUGGUGGACCAAUUCGGCGCAUUACAAUCGUGAACGUGUUCGUCGUGGUGCGACUGUCGAUAAGACUGUUUGCAAGAAGAAUUUAGGACGUCUGACUCGUCUUUAUCUCAAAUCGGAACAAGAGCGUCAGCACAAUUAUUUGAAAGAUGGACCGUAUAUUAGUGCAGAAGAAGCGGUCGCAAUCUAUACGACAACUGUACAUUGGCUUGAAUCGCGUCGUUUCUCACCGAUUCCGUUCCCACCCCUCUCGUACAAACACGACACCAAAUUACUCAUUUUGGCACUUGAAAGAUUAAAGGAAGCAUAUUCGGUGAAGAAUCGUUUGAAUCAGAGUCAGCGUGAAGAGUUGGCGUUGAUUGAACAAGCGUACGACAAUCCACACGAAGCACUGUCAAGAAUUAAACGACAUAUGCUCACACAACGCGCAUUCAAAGUUCGUUUCGUUUCUUUGGUUAUCAUUCCUUUGGUCGUUAUCAUUCCUCCUUCAGAAGUAUCAGUUAUCUUAAUUGGUGUCUUUAUUGAGUAG